AUGCUGCAUCAGAGGCUCAUCCAAGCGGUGAGCGUUGCUUUGUUGGGCAUCGCCCACGUGGUGGCCGACCCUUCUACCACACUUGGCACUUUCUCAGCACCAAGAUACCCGAUAUGUAUCACCGACUCGACCACUCACAGUUCCGCAAAAGAUGGGCCGUGCCCAUGGGGCAAGCUGACCGCAGAUCGCGCCGACCCGCAUGAUAUCCCCGAGACCGGAGUUACGCGGCGUUACACCUUCAACAUUGCGCGAGCCGAGUUGUCUCCGGAUGGUGUCAAGCGGCAGAUGCUGGUCGUCAACGGCCAGUUCCCGGGCCCCGCGAUCCACGCCAACUGGGGCGAUUGGAUCGAGAUCACGCUCGUCAACAACAUCACCGGGCCCGAAGAAGGUGCCGCUCUCCACUGGCACGGGAUCCGCCAGGUUGGGACGCCGUGGAUGGACGGUGUGCCGUCUGCCUCGCAAUGUCCCCUCGCCCCGGGCGAGUCGUUUCAGUAUCGGUUCCGAGCCGACGAGUUUGGGUCGAGUUUCUGGCACUCGCAUGUGGGAUCUCAGUACUCGGGCGGCGCCUAUGGCGCCAUUAUCAUUCAUGGACCGCAACACCCCCACGACCACUAUGACGAGGAUCUUGGCCCUGUAUUUUUGACGGAUUGGUACCAUGAUACAUACCAGGUUGUCACCGAGGGCGUCGUCGGCCUUCCGGCUCCGCUUACGCAGCCAUACUCGGACAACAAUCUUAUCAACGGUCUCAUGCCGUUUGACUGCACCAACCCCAACAUCACAAUCUUCAACCGGACCUGCUCAGACAAUGCUCCGUACGCUGUCUUCAAGUUCACCAAGGGCAAGACCUACCGGUUGCGCUUGAUGAACAUUGGCAGCCAGGGGAUGCAGCGGUUCACGAUUGACGGGAUGAAGAUGAAGGUCAUUACGCAGGAUUUCAUCCCGGUUGUACCGUACGAGACGGAUGCGGUGACCUUGGGCAUUGGGCAGCGUGCCGAUGUGCUGGUGAAAGCCACGGGCCGACCGACGGAUUCUCUGUGGAUGCGGUCCGACAUCAGCCCGAAAUGUGCCGUCAGCACCCAGGGGUUCUCCAAGGCCGCGAUUUACUAUGACAAGGCCGAUACCCGGGUUCUGCCCAAAACGAAGGCCACGGUGUAUGAUGACUCGUUCUGUGGGAAUGUGCCCCUGAAUAUCACUACGCCCCUUUACGCGAUGAACCCACCCGACGAGCCGGCCACUACCAUUGAGCUCAACGUUAGAUUCGGAGCUAAUGCCACGGGGAAUACCUUGUGGUGGGUCAACGACGUAACCUACCGUCCGGACUUUGACAACUCUCUCCUUUUCCACGAAAACGAAGGAAACACAUCCUACGCCCAAAAUCCAGAGCGGAUGACCUACAACGUCGGCAGCAACAGCUCGGUGCGCAUCAUCGUCAACAACUACAGCAUGAACAACCGCAGCCAGCACCCGAUGCAUCUGCACGGUCACGACUACUGGAUCGUGGCCGAAGGCGUGGGCAAGUGGGACGGCGUCGCCAACCGCAACAACCCCAUGCGGCGGGAUACCCACGUGUUGCAGCCGGGCAACAAGAGCAUUGGCCCGGCUUACAUGGUGCUCGAGUUUAUGACGGACAACCCGGGGGUGUGGGCGUUCCACUGCCAUUUGGCGUGGCAUGUGGACGCGGGGCUUUAUGUUAAUAUCUUGGAACGUCCUGAUGAGAUCGCUAAACUCAAGAUUCCCGACGCCUCUCUUGAGACGUGUCUAAAAUGGAAUACCUACCAGAAGCGACUCUCGCAGCCUCUUCAGCCUCGGCAGGUCCGAGAGGCCAUCAGCGUGCAUUAA